AACACACUGAUACCCUCAGUCUUGCUUCGACGACAUCACCCGGCCUACGACAGUGUCAGCAUCUCGUCAUUACCGUCAGUGUGGAAAAGUACGGGACAUCUUUCGAGUUUCGCACGAGGGGUACAGAGCAUACAGUGCUUUGAUCAGAGUGCGAGUUGCCCCAAGGUGAAGCUUGAACUUCAAAGUCAAUCAACCCCCGCUUCUACUGCAGUGCAGCAUCACGACGACAUCUGCCCACUAUGACAGACAUCAUUACCAGCCAGACCCCUCCGGCCCUCUCCAUCCCUUCUGAAAAGGAGAAGAAGUAUGACCGUCAGCUUAGACUGUGGGCUGCAAGUGGCCAAGCUGCCCUGGAGUCUGCCAGCAUUUUGCUCUUGAACUCGGGCUCAGGAACUGUCGGCGUUGAGACCCUCAAGAACCUUGUUCUCCCUGGUAUUGGAAAGUUUACAAUUGCCGACAAUGCCACCGUGAGCGAGGCAGAUCUCGGUGUCAACUUCUUCCUGGACGAGUCUCAUUUCGGCAAGUCCAGAGCCCAGAGCUGCACUGAAUUACUUCUGGAACUCAACCCUGAGGUUCAAGGUGACUGGUAUCCUCGAAACCAAGAAACCUGGGACCUCCACCGUCUUCUGGACAGCCCAAGCCCUUUUACUGUCAUUCUAUACACACUACCCAUGGAGCCCGAAGACCUCAAGAUACUUGAGUCUUAUAGCCAAGAACAAAAGACGCCCUUGGUUGCCAUUCAUUCGGCUGGUUUCUAUUCUUACUUCAGCAUUCGGCUUCUUACCGUUUACCCCAUCGUCGAUACCCAUCCAGAUGCAACCUCGACCACAGACUUGCGGCUUUUGGAUCCAUGGGAAGAGCUGGAAGCGUUUGCUGAAGGAAUGACCAGAGACAUUGAAAAUCUCAAUAACCACGACCACGGACACUUGCCCUUUGUGGUCAUUCUUUUGCACUACCUCAAGGUAUGGAAAGCGUCCCACGAUGGCGUUGCACCGAGCAACUACAAGGAGAAAGUUGAGUUUCGAAAAAUGGUGGCCGACGCCACCCGAACCGACAACCCAGAAGGUGGCGAAGAGAACUUCGAAGAGGCCGUGGCCGCAGUCUUGAAGACGAUCCUGCCCCCGCUUCUCCCAUCUGCUGUCAAGCAAGUCUUUGAGUAUACGCACGCCAACGACAGCGUGGCGAAAUCGACCUUCUGGGUCAUUGCAGACGCAGUCAGAGACUUCUACGAAAGACACCAAUGCUUGCCUGUGCCGGGCGGCCUCCCGGAUAUGAAGGCGCAGUCUAGCGUGUACAUCGAGCUCCAGAACAUUUACAAGGCCAAGGCUCGCAAGGACGCAGCCGAGGUCCUAGCCUCAGUCCGCCAGAAACCCGGUGGCGAGGGCGUCGACCCAGCCGAAGUCGAACUGUUCUGCAAGAAUGCGGCCUUCGUCAAGCUAGUUGUGCCCGCAAGCGGCGGAACCGAACAACUGCGUACCGUAGCAGAACAAGAGUUUGCCAACGACGAAAUGGCUAAAGAGGGUGUGCUGCCGUUGUCGCUCCUACCCGUGUAUCUUGCCCUCCGCUCCACGUCACACACAGGCACGGCAUCACCGGACGAUAUUCUGGCCAAUAUUCAGUCGCUGGUCCCGGGCACAGCCGAUAACGAGCGGCUCGCGCAAGCUGCGCAAGAGGUAUCCCGAGCUGGUGGCGGAGAGCUACACAACGUUUCCGCCGUGACAGGCGGCAUGGUGGCCCAGGAGACGAUCAAAAUCAUCACAAACCAAUACGUACCCAUUGAGAGCACGUGCGUAUUCGACGGCAUCGCAAGCCGGUGCCAGAUUCUUCACCUGUAGAGCCGGAAGCGCCUUCCAGUCCGGCGCUCUCAAUACCCCUGGCUCAUCAAGUCGUGCACAAUAGCCCCUGCUCCAUGACCUGCGGGGGGGGGGGCUUGUCGGCUGGGGUUGCUGGCCUCAGUGAGGCGUAGUAGUCUAGCUGGAAGAUUAUGGUCCGCGACGUAUACUAGAAGAUAUUCGGCACUGCUAUCCGGCACGGAACUCACGGGACCUGGAGGGGAUGAGUGCGAACGUCUUGGAGGAAGUCAACAUGGUAGCGCCUAGAGUGCGACAGCUGAAGGCUCCGGAGUCGAUAUGUCGAAGGGGGGGGGAGGCGUAACAUCUCUAGCGUGCUGUUGAGUAUUUCGCAGGGCUGGUGGAUGUUACCUUGCGAUGCUACCUCAUUAGACUCUGGCGACGGAUAUGUGGUGUCUGGAUGUGUGGUGUUUGGGCGGAGAUCACAUCGGACCGCAGUCCCUUCCAGAGGUUCAGGGUGAAGUUCCAAUGGCCCGGACAUUGCGUAGUCUCUCGGCGCAAAGUGAUGGCGAGGUCAACGAAAGCAAACGAAUGGAACGGUGAAUGAGAUGUUUGCGAGCGCCACUACCCAGGGCUCUACUUCGGCGCUUAUGUUAGUUUCACAAGAGGAAGCAUAACGAAGAGCCAACGGCCCUAUGUAGAUAACAAUUACAAAUCGCAAGUGAUCAACA